CGUGUGCUUCAUGGCGGCCGAGUGACCGGUUCGUGACGUUGCCGACGUGUUAGAGUGCCGUUAUGCAAUAGGCGAGUGAUUCUGUGCGCCUGAUAUAAGUCGUUAAUAUCGCCACCCGCCGUAGUUGCACUCUCACUGCGCCGCCGAGACGUGGACGCCCACGCUUGUCUCGAAAUUCCGCUUGUUCCAGCACCUGUAUCUCCAGACAACUACCUUCGCACGGAAAACAAUGAGUGAAAAGGCGGACAUCGCGCUGAUCGGGCUGGCGGUGAUGGGCCAGAACCUGAUCCUCAACAUGAACGACCACGGCUUCACGGUGUGCGCCUACAACCGCACCACGGAGAAGGUGGACGCCUUCCUGGCCAACGAGGCCAAGGGCACCAAGGUCGUGGGCGCCAAGUCGCUGGAGGACAUGGUGGCCAAGCUGAAGAAGCCGCGCCGCGUCAUGAUGCUCGUCAAGGCCGGGCAGGCGGUGGACGACUUCAUCGAGAAGCUGGUGCCGCUGCUGGAGAAGGGCGACAUCAUCAUCGACGGCGGCAACUCGGAGUACCACGACACGGAGCGGCGCACCAAGGCGCUGCGCGAGAAGGGCCUACUCUUCAUCGGGACCGGCGUGUCCGGCGGGGAGGACGGCGCGCGGUACGGGCCCUCCCUCAUGCCCGGCGGCGACAAGGGGGCGUGGCCGCACGUCAAGGACAUCUUCCAGGGGAUAGCGGCAAAGGCGAACGGGGAGCCGUGCUGUGACUGGGUGGGUGACGGCGGUGCGGGCCACUUUGUGAAGAUGGUGCACAACGGGAUCGAGUACGGCGACAUGCAGCUCAUCUGCGAGGCCUACGACCUGAUGCGGCUCGCGCUCAAGAUGGACCACCAGGAGAUGAGUGACGUGUUAGCUGAGUGGAACAAAGGGGAGCUGGACUCCUUCCUGAUUGAAAUAACGAGGGACAUCCUCAAGUUCAAGGACAAGGAUGGUUCGUACCUGGUGGAGAAGAUCCUGGACUCUGCCGGUCAGAAGGGUACGGGCAAGUGGACGGCGAUAGCCGCACUGGAGUACGGGAUGCCCGUCACACUGAUCGGGGAGGCGGUGUUCGCGAGAUGCCUCUCGUCCCUGAAGGCGGAGCGUGUGGAGGCGUCGAAGCUCCUUAGCGGACCCAUCAAGAAGCCCAUCCUCAAGGACAAGGCACUCUUCCUGGAGGACAUCAGGCAGGCCCUGUACGCGUCUAAAAUAGUGUCGUACGCGCAAGGCUUCAUGCUGCUGCGAGAGGCGGCCAAAGUGCACAACUGGGACCUGAACUACGGAGCCAUCGCCCUGAUGUGGCGCGGCGGCUGCAUCAUCAGGAGCGUCUUCCUGGGUAACAUAAAGGCGGCGUUCGACAAGAACCCUUCGCUGCCGAACCUGCUGUUGGACGACUUCUUCAAGAGCGCAGUAGAGCGGUGCCAGAACUCGUGGCGCGAUGUGGUGUCGGCGGCGGUGCAGCUGGGCAUCCCGACGCCCACCUUCAGCACGGCACUCGCCUUCUACGACGGCUACCGCAGCCCGCGCCUGCCGGCCAACCUCAUCCAGGCUCAGCGGGACUACUUCGGUGCGCACACGUACGAGCUGGUGAACCAACCCGGAAAGUUCAUCCACACCAACUGGACGGGCCACGGCGGGAACGUCUCUGCCAGCACCUACCAGGCGUGAGGAGGGACCUUCACAGUUCCCGACAGCUGCAUUCACUGACAGGGCAGUGAUACGGAUGUCUGCUCAAAACUUUCCAAACCGAAACGGGGACUAAUCGAGUGAAGUGUGGUUGUGGAUGCUCGCGCUCUCUGGUGAUGUCGACUUCUGAAACUGGCGUGCUUCCAUUUGCCGGCUGUUGUAGGGUGAAGGUUUAAAUUAGCAUGGUUUUAUUGUACUCUAAACAGUUUAUUUAAUUUUAAUGCAGUGGUGUCAGUGCUGGCUGAAAGAGGCUGUUUUGGUUUCUCCGUCUGUCAUUCUUUGUCUGUUCCUCUGAUAGAAAACAAAUCAUUGUACAGGUAUGAGAUGUCUCGUGGAAUGGUUGUGUUAGCAUUGUAACAUCUGAGAAUGAUCUUGAGGUGGGCUAUUAUUAAGGUGCUGUUUUUAAACUCAGUUGUGUAGCAAUUUUACUAAACUCUACGCCAUUUUUAGCAAGCUUCUCUCGGAAUCCUGGCCAUUUUUUUGCAUCUCUUUAAGUACUACAUUUUCACUAUCAUAAGCUUGUAAACAGAUAAUGAGAAUAUAUUUUGGAAGUAGAGAGCUGCUUUAGAAGUGGAAUGGGAAUAUAGUGGCAUCAUUAAAGUCAAAUUACUUUAUGAUGUGUCCAUGAUGAUGAAUAUACUAAUAGCAUAACCUUGAGGAAAGCAGCAGCUAAUCAAUUUUAUUCAGUAUGGGGAACAAGGUUUUCAAAUUAUUUGGCAUAUUUCAGUUCCUCUAGAAAGUGUUUUCAUAUGUUUCUUACAGUUAGGGCUUACCUCCAGUUUCCAUUUGUUACAUUUUGAACCUUUGUAUUCAGCCUCAGUGAUGGUGAAUUUUGAUGAUUUUUGUGAAAAGAAGGAAAUUACUGUGAUGUUAUUACAGGAGAGAGCAAAUUGAAUUUUUAUAGGUAAUUUAAAGUUCAGAGGGAGUCCAUACCCUUAUACUUACUAUUAUUUUUCAAUGUCAGAUGGUGAGCCAGUAUUCAGUUAACUGAUGUGCCUUAAUGUUAUGUAAUAAGAUUACUGUUACAUUUAGUGUAGUCGGAGAAAGUUGAACGUGUCAGUGUGUGGUGAAAUAUUUAUGUAAGCAAGUGAAAUGUGAGUCUUUGAUAUGAAAAAAAGAAAUGUAAUAAUUUGUGGAAGCAUAUUUUAUACUGUUUGAAAAAAUGUGAGCUUAUAAUAUUGUAUCCAGGUUCAUUAAUUAUGUGCCAUGCUAAUGUGUUGCUUAUAUUGAUAUUUUUGGAUUCUGUAAUUUUCUAUUUUGCAGAAUUUGGCCUAUAGCUAUUGUUAUAAUGAAUUCAUGCAUUCCAGUCUUCCAUUUAUUUUUGAGAGCAUUUUAUAUUUUUUUUCCUUCUGAGCAUUAGAAUUUCCUGAUGGUGGGAUCAGACCUGUAAUGAGGGUUUGUACUGUAUAGCAGGUGGCCGCGGGUUGGACACCUUUAUUUUUUGCUUUAUGUGAUAUUAACAAUAAAACUUACUCCAGAGAA